CCGAUAUGGAGGCGUCAUGAACCUGCUGCCUGCCGCUUCAUAUGUUAUCGAUGUCGCUCGUUCCUAAUUUCUCUCCUCUUUUUGUUUGAGCCAGCGACCCUACCAGCGCCGACAGAACAUGUCAGCCCCAGUGCCAGAUACAGUAUGGACUUCGGGCGACGCCGCUAAUCCUCCCCCGGCCGCCGACACUGCACAACAUGCUUCUGUAGCCACCGAGCCAUUGGAAAGAGUCGGAACAGAGAGGGAACUGAAUGAGGAGAAAGUGCUAGACCGGGAUUAUGUGCAACAAAAGGAAGCCGAGCAGCAAGCCGAGAAACAUGGUCGAUCACCACUGGACCGCCACCAAAGUGAUUGGACGUCUUCAAGCAAUGAGACGCCAGAUGAUAAGAGCCAAAGAAGCAUAGAGAAGGAGGAGAAGCAGACAUGGAGUGAAAAGAUCAAUCCAUUAAAGAGCAAGCACAAGCCUCCGAUACCGACAGAGCAAGGAGAGUCGAGGGAAUACAAAGCCAACUUCUUCAGUCAUCUCACCUUCCAAUGGAUGGCACCUAUCAUGAGCGUUGGAUAUCAACGACCACUUGAGUUAAACGAUUUAUGGAAAGUCAAUCCCGACCGCAGUGUAGAUGUUUUGUCUGCAAGAUUGAAGGCAGCAUUCAAAAAGAGAGUCGACAAUGGAACUGAGAAUCCUCUCAAAUGGGCGCUUUACGACACUUUUCGGAACGAGUUUCUACUAGGAGGUUUCUGCGAACUUAUCGCAGCUGUUGUCCAGGUUCUGGCUCCUUUCGUUCUGCGUUACCUGAUCAACUUUUCCACCGAGACAUGGGUCUCACAAAGAACUGGAUCGCCUAAGCCGGAUAUUGGCCAUGGUAUUGGCCUUGUCUUUGCGGUGACUAUCCUGCAGGUUAUUCAAAGUGUUUGCACAAAUCAUUUCCUGUAUCGCGGUAUGACUGUUGGUGGACAAGCAAGAGCAGUCACCAUCGCCGUCAUCUUCGAAAAGGCCAUGAGACUUUCUGGAAGAGCUAGAGCUGGUGGUAAGUCAAAUACCGAGCCUGUCGGCCUUCCUCCCGGCAUCACGCCUGGCAGCAAAGAAGAGAAGAAGUGGCUCAAGGCCAAGCUCAAGAAAGAAAAGGCCAACGCCCAGGACAAAAAGGGUGUUUCCGGUAGUGGAGAGGGCUGGUCGAAUGGCAGAAUUGUCAAUCUGAUGUCGACCGACACCUAUCGUAUCGACCAGGCAUCAGGAAUGUUCCACAUGAUCUGGGCCUCUCCAAUAUCAAUCGUCCUGACGCUUGUCUUGCUUCUUGUAAACAUCACAUACAGUGCGUUGGCCGGUUUCGGUCUGCUAAUGUUGGCUAUGCCUCUACUUGGAAGGUCGAUCAAGAGCUUGUUCGUCCGCAGAAAGGCCAUCAACAAAGUCACCGAUCAAAGAGUUGGUCUUACCCAGGAGAUUCUUGCCGGUGUCAGAUUCGUCAAGUAUUUCGGGUGGGAGAGCAGUUUCCUCGACCGCCUCAAGGAGAUCCGUCGCAGAGAAAUUGGCAAAAUUCAGUUUUUGUUGAACAUCCGUAACGGUAUCAUGGCUGUUUCGAUGUCCAUGCCCGUGUUUGCCUCUAUGCUGGCCUUCAUCACGUACAGUCUGACAGACCAUGGGCUCCAAGCCGGAAAGAUCUUUUCAUCUCUCGCUCUGUUCAACGGUCUCAGACUGCCUCUCAACCUUUUGCCUCUGGUCAUCGGACAGACCGUCGAUGCCUCCGCAUCAAUCCGCAGAAUCGAAGACUUUUUGCUUGCCGAAGAAGCACUGGACGAGGCCACCUGGGAUUACGAGGGCAAGAGUGCCAUUGUUAUGAAGGACGCCGACUUCACCUGGGAAAGAACGCCUACUCAGGACGCGGAGAAGGCACCAGUUGGUCCUGCUGGAUCCAAGCAAGCCAAGGCAGCUCGAAAAGCGGAUAAGAAGGCCGACAAGAAGGCCGACAAGCAAGCUAAGAAAGAUGCAAAGAAGGCUACUAAGGAUGCGCUGAAGAACGCUGAAAAGGGCGGCGAUGGUCUGAACACUUCUGACAGCAGCACCACUUUGGCCGACGAAAGUGAGCAGCCAUUCCAAAUCAAGGGACUCAACAUCGCUAUUGGCCGCGACGAGCUUGUUGCUGUCAUCGGAAGUGUUGGCUCUGGAAAGACUUCUAUCUUGGCUGCUCUCGGUGGAGAGAUGCGCAGGACUUCAGGUGAAGUCACCUUUGGCGCUUCUCGAUCAUACUGUCCUCAAUAUGCCUGGAUUCAGAACGCAACUGUCAAAGAGAACAUUACUUUCGGAAAGCCUUUCGAUCAAGAGUGGUAUGAUGCGGUUGUGGAUGCAUGUGCACUGCGACCUGAUCUCGACAUGCUCCCCAACGGCGAUCUUACCGAAAUCGGAGAGCGAGGUAUUACUGUCUCUGGUGGUCAGAAGCAACGUCUAAACAUUGCAAGAGCAAUUUACUUCAAUGCCGACAUUGUUCUCAUGGACGAUCCGCUAUCGGCUGUUGAUGCUCACGUUGGAAGACACAUCAUGGACAAUGCUAUCUGUGGACUUCUGAGAAACAAGGCUCGUGUUCUUGCAACUCAUCAACUCCAUGUUCUUCAUCGCUGCGACAGAAUUAUCUGGGUCCAAGACGGCACCGCAUACAAGAUUGAUACUUUCGACAACCUCAUGGCAACCGACGCUGACUUCCAGAAACUCAUGGCUACUACUGCCUCCGAAGAGAAGAAGGAAGAGCAAGAAGAACCUGUUGACGAAGAUGAAGUCGAAGAGGAGAAGAAGGACGUAAAGAAGACAACUGGUGGAAAGAAACCAGCUGCUGCACUCAUGCAGGCUGAAGAGCGUGCCGUCAAGAGUGUCUCUUUCGGCAUCUACAAGGCUUACGUCAAGGCUUCUGGCUCACUCGCAGUUGCACCACUGAUUCUCCUGACUCUUAUUCUGUCACAAGGUGCCAACAUUGCGACCAGUCUAUGGCUGUCGUGGUGGACCUCGGACAAGUUCGGCUACAGCAGAGGCGCAUAUAUUGGAGUCUACGCCGGACUUGGUGUUUCGCAAGCUGUCCUCAUGUUCAUCUUCUCCAGUAUCUUGACCAUCUGCGGUACCCGGGCCAGUGCAACUCUGCUACACAACGCAGUUACCCGGGUCCUCCGCGCACCCAUGUCCUUCUUUGACACAACUCCUCUAGGAAGAAUCACCAACCGUUUUUCCAAGGAUGUUGACACUAUGGACAACGCUCUCACCGAUGCCUUCCGUAUGUUCUUCAUGACACUUGCCCAAAUCAUCGCCGUGUUCAUUUUGAUCAUCGCCUAUUACUACUACUUUGCUGCCGCUUUGGGUCCGUUGUUCAUUAUGUUCUUGUUCGCCGCAAGCUACUACCGCUCAUCGGCUCGCGAGAUCAAACGACACGAGGCUGUCCUUCGUAGCAGCGUCUUCUCUCGCUUCAGUGAAGCAGUGUCUGGUGUCGCUACUAUUCGUGCUUAUGGCCUGCAGGACCAGUUUUCGAGAUCUGUUCGCGAUGCAAUCGACAAUAUGAACGGCGCCUACUACCUUACAUUCUCGAACCAGCGUUGGUUGUCCGUUCGUCUUGACGCCAUUGGUACUCUUUUGGUUUUCGUUACCGGUAUCUUGGUUGUAACUGCCAGUUUCUCCGUCAACCCAAGUAGUGGUGGUCUGGUUCUGUCGUACAUUCUCUCGGUCGUGCAGAUGAUUCAGUUCACUGUGCGCCAGCUUGCUGAAGUUGAGAACAACAUGAACUCGACCGAACGUAUCUACUACUACGGCAAUAACCUCGAAGAAGAAGCACCUCUCCACACCGUUGAGGUUCGUCCUUCAUGGCCCGAGAAGGGUGAGAUUGUCUUCGACAACGUCCAGAUGCGCUACCGUGAGGGUCUUCCUCUGGUCCUCAAGGGACUCAACAUGCAUGUCAAUGCAGGUGAGCGCAUUGGUGUCGUUGGCCGUACCGGUGCAGGAAAGUCGACGAUCAUGUCCACCUUGUUCCGUCUUGUGGAGCUUAGCGGCGGAAGCAUUACUGUUGAUGGUCUCGAUAUCGCCAAGAUUGGUCUCAAGGAUCUGAGAUCCCGUCUUUCGAUCAUUCCACAGGACCCCACAUUGUUCAAGGGUACCAUUCGCAGCAACCUUGAUCCUUUCAACGAGCACACAGAUAUGGAGCUGUGGGGUGCACUUCGCCAGGCUGAUCUUGUCGGCGAGCAGCAAGAUAUUGCUGACUCUUCUUCACGCAUUCACCUCGACGCUCCUGUUGAGGAAGAAGGCCUGAACUUCUCUCUUGGCCAGCGUCAACUUAUGGCUCUCGCACGUGCUCUCGUACGUGGUAGCCGCAUCAUUGUUUGUGACGAGGCAACUUCGUCGGUCGACUUUGAUACCGAUCAGAAGAUUCAGCGUACCAUUGUAAAGGGUUUCAAGGGCAAGACUCUCUUGUGUAUUGCCCAUCGUCUGAAGACCAUCAUUGGUUACGACCGUAUCUGUGUCAUGGACAAGGGUCAGAUUGCCGAGCUAGAUCGUCCCAUCACUCUUUACGACCAGGGAGGUAUCUUCCGCAGUAUGUGCGACCGCAGUGGCAUUCGCAGGGAGGACUUCUUCACCAGCGCCGAGGCCACUUUCACCGAGUGAUGAUAGCUCUAGCAUGUUGAUUUGUUGAUUUUGGUUCUUGGACAGCAUGCACUGCAUAGAUGCAUACAUGAAAGGGCGUUCUAGGCGAAAAGCAUUUCGGUUUCUUUUCAGGUUGUUAUUGGUGUAUAUACGACGACCUAUGAAUAUCUAAAUUUCCUCUUCAGAUUUU